AUGACGUAGGUAGGUUUUCCAAGGAGCUUUUCUGCCGCAGGACCCCUUGAGGCGCAGGAGUGCUGAAUUGUGGCAGAAAUUUCAAUCAAGACGAGCUUCUAAUACGCCACUCAUUUCGCAUGGGAAGUACGAAGGAGGAACAAUCAAAGCAAGAGGUCCCCAAAAAAAAAGAUGUUUCCCUCCAGACGCAGGAGACAGACACUGCAACCCCUCCAGAACCGCUCUUCCACCCACAAUCGAGGACGAGGACCGUACUCACACCAAUAACAGAAUACAAGCAAAAAUCCCUGAAAUAGUGGCACUGUACUAACCGGAUGCAGGGCGAGCGAGGGCGGCACAACGGACCUUGGUCCAAGGCAAGCGCCCGAGCAAUCAACAACCUGGAGUCAACCCGGAACGCAGAAGCCCACGGAUUAAGUCCAGACCUACUCCACUUCGUGAAAGGCAAAUGUCCACGACGAGCGGCCCCCGACGAUCGAGGAGGCGGCAGCAGCCCGCAGGUCCCCUACCGCCGCACAACGUCUUAAACCCUAGACCGUCUCUCUUACCCUCCUCCCCCAAGCUUUUUCGGAUCCGCUAUCGUGGUUCGGAUACGAAACGCUAG